ACACAGUCGGCCAUGGCACGAUUAGAAGAAUCCUGAGCUGUCAACGAGCCCGUUUCAUCCGCCCGUUGCCAAGAAUGACGGCAGCAUAAACCCACAAGCAAAGGUGGCUAGCUGUGAGGCAAGAAAAAGAAUCCCGGCUAAUGGCCGCAAACCCGGCGGAGAGGUGGCUUGUUGGAAAAAGAGUCGAGCACCAACCAACAAAACGAACAACGCCGAAUUCCUGUUUCUUCUGCCCUAUUCACCGACUCACAGGCCCGUCAUUGUCUCGGGCUGUCGACCCGCGUUUACUCCAGUUUGCCGUGGGUUGCCCUCAUACCGACGGACGAUCCUUCCGUGGCCGCCUUGACCUCGGCCACGCUGUCGUCUUGCUGGCUACAUUGGGGCGACGUCUCCGUUCCUCACGAUGCCGACUUGCCGUACCAAGCCUUGUGGUUCUCGCAAGAGCCAAGGUAAUUUGGAGGCAUGGUCGCGCGGGUGCAGCCCAUAGCCCGCUUGCCCACCACCUCGCUUCUGCCGCCACUUACAGUCUUGACCUAGGAGUUGUGAGGGACUGCACGGCUCACUCGCCGUCAUCAGCGUCGGUACGGAGGACGAGCGGCCUUCCACGUCUUCCAUUGUCUGGUUUUGUUCGGCGCCCUGCCCUACCCUGGACAGGCAAGCAUAGCGCUUCUUUGAUCAGGAAGACCGUUGAGUCCCCUCCCCCGGGCCCGUCUCGUAUCAUCAGCCGCAGCCGCCCAGCAUGACAACCGCACCCGCGCAUACCCUAAUCUUACAGUGCCUGUCUGAGAGAACUCAGAUACAACACCAGACCGGGCCCCAGCCGACACAAGCACAAUAGCAUGUCUCGUCCUCUGCGUGCGCAGGAUAAUCGGCACCCCUGUACAUAUCGCAGCCCGGCCGGUAAGGGCAUACCUAGAGGCACUUUUGGCAUGCGCCGUUGCGAAAGCCAAGCUUUCCAGUCCUGCCCUGUUGUUUCUUGGCAUUUUUUUUGCGGCGGGCGAGAAAGAAAGCGGUGUCUCUUUUCUCUUUGCUGUCGACUCUCAGACCUCGU